AUGGUGGUUGCAGCUGCAGGCGCUAUCGGUUCUGCUGCAGCGCAGCAAGCAGCAUCUGCAGCAGCAGCAACUGCUGCUGCUGCAGUAAAAGAAACAGCACGUUGCUUCCGCUGGCAGCAACUGUUAGCAGCAGCAGCAGCAAAAGGAUAUAGGAGUGCAACAUUACCUCAAGGAAAGGCAACAAUAGUUCCUCUUGUCCCUCCACAAGACAGCAGCAGCAGCAGCAGCGACACCACCAGCAGCGACACCACCAGCAGCACCAGCAGCAGCAGCAGCAGCAGCAGCAGCGACAGCAGCAGCAGCAGCAGCAGCCUGAAUAAGGUAAUAUUUGAAGGAAGAUAUACAAACUUCUCUCUUGUUCAUAUAUGGGAAAAGUAUGAUUUCUUACAAACACAUUUGCUGCUGCAGGAGGCGCUGCUGCUGCAGCAGGGGCAGCAGCAGGAGUUGCUGCAGCCAGAGCAUGAGCUGCAGCAGAGACCAAUGGUCUCCCUCUCCCUUGAUAAACCACAGGCCGGGCCCCUUGAUAACCCCCAAUAA